AGUGUUCGCUAAGCUGUGAUUGUCGCUUACAGGCACAGCUCAGUUUGUUAAGACACACCACGGCACACAGUUAUUGCUCCUGAACGCAUACACAUUUAGUAAACACACGGCCAAGUUUCGUGGCGGGAAAUUCAAGUACUCUUGCAGCAACAAAGCUUCCAAAGGGUGUACGGCGUAUGUGUUUGUGAAAGAUGGCCAGAUCGUCUCAAGCGACGUUGUGCAUAAUCAUAAUCCACCGCCAUACGUCGUCACUGAAGACGGAACUUAUGUUAAGACGAGCACAAAAUUUUAAAUGUUUCAUUAAGUUUUUUUCAGCAAUAUGGAGUCUCAUUAGGCCGGAAAAAAUAAAAAAACUUCCGAAAAAGCAACUUAAAAAAAAUACUUCGGCUUACUUGCACCAACGAGAGAAAGCUAAUGCCAGAAAACGGAAAUUUUUAGAUAAGAUGACAGAUGAAGAAAGGGAGAUUAAAAGGGCUAAGGAUAGAGCGUAUUAUCAACAAAAAAAAGCUGAAAAGAAAGUUAAAAACAUUGCUCAGGUGACUCAGAGAGAACAGCGAAAGCAGAGAAAAAAGUGGAAAGAAGCAUCAAAAAAAUACCGAGAAAAGAAAAAGAAAUUAUCAAGUAUAGUAAAUAAUACUCCGCCACAUUCCGAUGAUGGUUUAGCUGGUACGCCUUCAGUAAGAAGAACAGUGGGGAAGAAAAAUUGUGCGGAAGGAUAGAGCCAAAACAUACCGGAAAAUAAAGCAACAGGAUAAAAUAAUUGCUAAAAUUCAACGUAAAUAAGAAACUUUAAAGAAAAGACUGAGAAGUAAAGAAAAAA